UUCAGCAAUACUUUGUUGUCUUCCGAGGCUUGUUUAUCAAAGUUGAAAGUCACUUUUUCCAAGAGUUGAAUCCACACCGGUACUGUAAUUAUAAUGUAUUCGAAAAAUUGUGUUGACAAUUACAUGAAUAAUAUUGGUUCUUGUUUAAUAUGUGUUAGAGAAAUGACUGGAAUGAGCACUGGCGCACCGACCUCGGCGGACGCUUGUCUGAGUAUUGUGCACAGCUUGAUGUGCCACAGACAGGGAGGUGAAUCCGAAGGAUUUGCAAAACGCGCCAUCGAGAGUCUAGUCAAGAAGCUCAAGGAAAAGAGAGAUGAACUGGAUAGCUUGAUCACAGCAAUUACAACCAAUGGCUCACAUCAUAGUAAAUGCGUUACUAUUCAGAGGACUUUGGAUGGCAGGUUACAGGUCGCUGGUAGGAAAGGAUUUCCACACGUGAUCUAUGCCAGAAUCUGGCGAUGGCCGGAUCUCCAUAAAAACGAAUUGAAGCAUGUGAAAUACUGUCAAUUCGCUUUCGAUCUCAAAUGUGAUUCAGUUUGUGUCAACCCUUAUCAUUAUGAGAGGGUUGUUUCUCCUGGAAUUGAUCUGUCCGGGCUGAGCUUACAAUGUCCGAGUCGUAUGGUGAAAGAUGAGUACUCGGCGGGAGUGGGCCAAGGUGGUCAAGGCCAGGGUCCACCGGGGUCGUCGAGCUCGAGCACCAUGGACGUGGAAGGAGAAACUGGCACCAUUCAACAUCACCCUCCUCAGUACUCCAUGUCACCAUUGUCUGGCGGUGACAGUGGCAGCGGUGUGUUCUCGCCCAAGAUGGAGUCGCACCCCCCGCCACCUCCCAGCAACCCCCUCGAGCCCCAUCAGAGGUCGCCCUGGAUCAUGUCGCAUCUGCCUCCGCCACCUCCCCAUCACAGAACAGCAAGCAUGACAGCCGCUUCAGGUUCAACAUCACAGCCUCAGUCGUCAUCGGUGACUCCGCUGGUGUCGCCCACUCAGUCCUCGAACCAGGCGCCCAAUCAGGUUCCGGUGCAGGUGCAGGUUCCGGUUCAGGUGCAGGUUCCGGUGCAGUCAGUGCCCACUGUGUCCUCCACCUCGUUCUACACGCAGGCCACUCAGGACUCUCUGUCGCAGACUGACAACAGUCUAUUGACAAGUACAGUGGUGCAGACGACACAGCAGCAGCAGCAGCAGAUGCCGCAGGUGGCGCCACAGAGUGCGGUGUCUCCGCCACAGCAGAACGGUUUCAGCUCAGCCAGCCAGCAGCAGUCAGCUCAGUCGCCUCCCGCCUCUGUGGGGGCAGUGCCACCGCCGCAGCAGCCCCCACAGCCCCCGGCCCCCGACAUCAGCCAGCAGACCACCUUCUCGCAGGCCACCUGGACCGGCUCCAACACGCUCACCUACACCCAGCGCAUGCAGCCGCCCCACCACAAUGCUUACUGGGGACAUGGUGUGAGUUCAGAGGUAUCCAUGACCGGACUCUUAUCCACCCAACCUGCUCCUGAAUAUUGGUGCUCAGUCGCAUAUUUCGAACUAGAUACACAGGUUGGUGAAACAUUCAAGGUGUCAUCUUCAUGUCCAAAUGUGACAAUUGAUGGGUAUGUCGACCCCUCGGGCGGCAACCGGUUCUGUUUGGGAGCUCUCAGUAACGUUCAUCGGACAGAGCAGAGCGAAAAAGCCAGACUGCACAUUGGCAAAGGAGUGCAACUAGAUCUAAGAGGGGAGGGAGACGUGUGGCUGAGAUGUCUGAGCGAUCACUCUGUCUUCGUUCAAUCGUACUACUUGGAUAGAGAAGCCGGUCGAGCACCCGGCGAUGCAGUGCACAAAAUAUAUCCAGUCGCCUACAUCAAGGUGUUCGACUUGCGACAGUGUCACCGGCAGAUGCAGCAGCAGGCGGCCACAGCUCAGGCGGCCGCCGCGGCCCAGGCAGCCGCAGUCGCCGGACAAAUCCCAGGACCCAACUCAGUCGGCGGCAUCGCUCCUGCCAUCAGCUUCAGUGCUGCAGCGGGGAUCGGUGUUGAUGACUUGAGGAGACUCUGCAUAUUGCGACUCAGCUUUGUGAAGGGCUGGGGACCCGAUUACCCCAGGCAGUCGAUUAAGGAGACUCCUUGUUGGAUAGAGGUACACCUUCACAGAGCAUUACAACUACUGGAUGAAGUGUUACAUACAAUGCCAAUAGAUGGACCUCGGCCCAUGUAGUUUACCUACUGCAUUUAUGAUUCCAGUAUGGUCAACAAUGACCAUGCUUCAGCCCAGUACACAAGAUUCAAUGUAUUGAAUUAUCUUAUAAUUAUUAUUAUAAGACCGUACAUCAUAAAUGAAUAUUAUCAUAAAAAACGAUUGUUAAGAGACUGGCUCAACACUGAUAAUAUCGUCUAUGCCAAAGGUAUGUUUAAUGGAAGGCAUGUUUCAGUAUAAUUAUUAUUACACAUUAACAUUAUCAUAUUUGUAAUUUCCAAAGAAUUUUGUAUUCGCCGAUUCAUAGUGCUUCAAUUUCAAGCAUAGAAUUAGGUUUACUCAACAGGAAAGUGUAUACUUGUGCCCGCUACUUGUUUUUUAUGGUUGAUUAAAAAAGUAUGAAAAAAAUACUGUAUGUAUUCCAAAAUGGCAAUACUUUGAAAAUGAUAUCAGGUAAAAUCUGUGUACUUGAAUAAUAAAAUUAUCUAGCAGGCAUGUUUCCAUCCCGUUUCGGAAUUCGAAAGUCAAUUAGAAUUGAAUCAUCAUUUUCCUGACAAAUGAAGUUUUGACGAGAAACAGUAAAUAAAUCAUGAGAGAUUCUUUGAAUUUGAAACUUAGCCGCUGCAUCAAUUUCUAUAAUUGCUUGCACUAUAAUUAAUUGUCCUGUAAAACAUCAAUAAGGACUUGCUGAUAUGUAUCAGAAUGUUGAAAGUAAGCUUACAACAAAAGAUGCUAAAAUAAAAGAAAGUAAAACUAUACCAGUUGUAAUAAAUAAUGUACUGUGUAAUGAAAUUAUAAAAUAAGAUUUAUUGACAUAAAAAAGUAGAAAUAAACGCGUUCCUCACAAUAGUAGUAACUUGAAAAAAUAAAAGAUUGAAAUACAAAUCUAAUUUCGAGAAAAUUGAUUUUCUGAAUUCACAGGAGUUGCAAUUAGCAAUUUCAUAUCACUAUUUCGAUCACUAUUAGUAGUAUGUUGAUUUAUUUUGUUAUUAAAUGCUUGAAUCCAAACAACUUUCAUUAUCAGCUCCUUCUCACAUUUCCUUCCAAAGGUAUUGUUUGAAACUUGAGAAAACUCUGAAGUCUUUUCGCCUAGGUAUGUAUCGUGUAUGAUUUGUUUCUUUGCUCAUCAACUUUGAUUUCUUUCAACUUCCCAGUCAAGGAGAAACAUUUUUCUCCAAUGAUUUGAUCAACCUCUUGGAGCAUCAAACUUUAUCAUCUUUCUGUAUUUUAAUUCACUCUAUUAACUUCUCAUAGCCAGUAUAUAUUGUAAUCUACAUAAAUAAAGUACUCAAUCAAUCCGUGGUGGAAUAAUUUUUGACGUUUUUCUCAUUCAUGCCUGAGGAGCAGAUAUAAUUUUCUUUAAUUUCUCAUUUCUUAUUUUUUGUGAAAUGUAAAACUGUGGAAUUAAGUAGGUAUUCUCUUAGUGUAUUGUCUAGUUUCAUCUCUAGGUGAUACCAUUAGCUUCAUUCAAUUCGUAGCAAACACAAUUUUCUGAUUCUUUCCGAUCCUAUUCAUUCUUAGAUUUUGUGUUGUUGCUGGCGAAUUUUAUCUCGCCCGGAGAUCAACGAAAUUUGAAACUAUGUAGAACUAUCUAGAUUUUAAUUUUUGAUAACCACUUCUCUUGAAUGCUUUUUUUAUCUGACUAUAAAUCUUGUUGCUUGUCAGCUAUUUGAAUAAUUAGCAAAUUAAUCCCAUAAUCCCAUUUUUUUAGAUUCUCUAUCUCUUCCUCGUUUGUUUUCCUCUCUCUCUCUUAAAUGGAAAGAUCGGAUAGCGUUCUACUCAAGUAUCAUUGUAUCUGAUGAAAUUUUUCGUAGUUCUUUCAAAUUCUGAAGAGCUGAUGGUGGUACAUGCAAUAUAGAUACUUUUCAUGAAGUUUGUUAGAUCAUAAUUUUAGUUAUAGAUAGAUUUGUUUCCACUCAAUUAGUACUGAAUAUAUUUUAUUAGUAUAUUUUUGUAAUCUUAUUUAGAUAUUACAUUAUCUUUGCAGUUGAAACUGUUAUUUCAACUGUUUCAAUGAAGUAUCAUAUGAAAAUUUAUUUGCAUAUGACGCAAAUCUGUGAUAGAUGGAAAUCUUUGAUAACAAUUGAAAACGUUUAUUAUUUCUUUAACUCAUUUCUUCAUAUUUGAAUUUUAUUGGCGAGUAAUCAUUUAAUAAAAAAAUUAGGACAAGCUACAUGUUUAUUUAUUUAUGCUGUCUACUAUGAAGUAACACAAUAAUAUAAUAAUUUAUCUUUUAUGAUAGCUAAUUUAUAUAUUGAUGUGAUUUAUACAUACAACCAAAUUAUUAUAUUUUUAUUAAAAUAAUUCUGUCAAGUUACCACAGUAUUCUCGUCUCAGUUCUUAUAUUUUCUGGGCAAUUGCAGUUGAAGAUUUCAAAUGCACUAUCUAUUAUCUAGUUUUAUUUUUGAUUAAAAAUACCCUGUGUUACAAUAUUUUCAAUCAUCAGCUCCACUAAAUUUUAUUUUCCAUGAAAGUUAUUAAUUGUAUUUGUCUAACUCUUUUUAAAAGUAGUAAAUUGAAAUUUUUCACAACUUAAUCAUUUCAGUACCUAUUUAAUAUGAUAAAGAUUACAAUAAAUGCUCUCUUAAUUUGGUAUUAGGUAACUUAUUUUAAUUUAUUUCAGAAUCGAAUUUUGUUUCUAAAUGUUGAAUUUUUUCAAUUGCAUUAUAUUUUUUGUUGAAAUUUACAUGAAUUGCUACUUAGUUCUAUUAAUAUAUUUUCAAUAAAAUAAUACUUUAUAAUAUUAAUUGCUAGUAUAAUAGGAUGUAUUUGUAAUACGCAUUAGAUUAAUCAUUAAACUAUAAAUAAAAUAGUUUUAAGCUUUGUGAGAUAUUAAUAUUGCUACAUAAUGUUCUUUAUAUUUCAUCAUGAACAUCAAUCAUUAUUUAUUUUCAAUGGAGUAAAGCUAGGUUUUAUUGAUGAGUGAGAUUAUUUGAAAUUUUAAUGUAGCCUAAUAAUAUUGUGUCUAUAUCAUAUCGCUAAUUUUGAAUGUUUUUGAAUGUAAAAUAUUGUGUGGAUGGAUCUCAUUUGUUCAAUGUUCAUCUCUGAAUGUAUUUUAAUAUAUUUGUUGCUAUAUCAUCAAUAUUCUACAUGUUCAUAAUAUUGUCAUGACGAGUUCAACAAUUUAUCUCUAAUUUUUUUUCAUGGAUAAUCAUUGAUAUAGAACUCUGACAUUAAUGUUGAAUCAUAAGUAGACAUGUUAUUGUGUAAAUUUCUAUUUUACUCCAAUAACUACUUUUAAAAGUUUGCAUUAAAAUUUUAACAAAGUAUUGAUUGCCUGUAUAGAAUCAGAGUUAAAGAAAAUCAUAUUUAAUACUAGUAGUGUUUUAUAUUUUGUCAUAGUGUUAUGUGUAUUGUUUAUUUUAUAACUAUUAUUGUUUUUUUAACAUGUUUUGUUUGUGAAUCUUUCUCUUUUAUAUAUACGUGAAAUGUAUUUGAAAGUUGUUGAUUAUAGUGUAUUUUUUAUUUGUA